UUACUGACUACCGGGUAACGAGCCCGAUGCCGCACCGGGAAGAGCAGGUCCCCCUUGUGGUCAACCAGUCCUCCACAGUGUCAAAGGCACCCAACGAAGGGUACGGCUCUGGUCCACCUGAUUCGUUGGCUGUCAAGAUCACAGACACGGCGACGUUGUCGCCGUCGCUGCAUGUGUCGUACGACUAUGUCCUAGCGUUUCCUCACGAUGCGCCAUUCAACGCAUCCAUUUCCAAGCCUGACAUUGUCCAUCGACUGCAUCUCGCUGGUCUCACAACCGAAGAAGUUGUUUCCAAGUCGGCGGUGUUUUGCAAGGUCCGCGCGAACGUCACGCGCCUUCAAAAGGAAGCGGCGCGUGUGAACCUUCCCGUGCUUGUUGACGACGUCGUGUUGGCCGAAGUGGCGAAAACGGGUCUCCAAGCCUUCCACAUCGAGUCGUUUGAGGUCGAGAACCCGCCGCGGCAAUGGCUGGACUUGUUUCGUCGACCCAUCUAUCCACCGUACAGUCACAUUUACAUGCCAUACGCAAAAGAGUCAGACCAGUCGAUCUACGCUUCUCACGACGGCGCAUUCUUCUCGAGCAUUCAUCGCAUGCAGCUCAUCGAGAGCAUCCUCACCAACGUCAACGGCGGCGGCGCCGGCCUUGACCUCGACCUGCUCACGUCGGAAGGCGUGGUCAUUGCUGCGUAUCCAUUGCACUGCGACUCGCAAAGGCUCACGUUGCAAAAGACGUGGAUGGCAUGGUGUUAUCCGCCAUGGCAGCAGCCACUCCAGGGCAUCCGCGACUACUUUGGCCCCAAAGUCGCCUUGUACUUUGCCUUCCUCGGCCACUUCACGACGUACGUGCUGUGGGCGGCACUCGUCGGACUCGCCAUCACGACGCUGCAGAUCGCGCCGUCCAAAGUUUCCAUGUACGUCGAGGCGUCUGCGCUCACGUACGUCCUUCCCAUCUUUGGCGUGGCCAUGAUGCUAUGGGCGUGCUUCUUCCUCAAGCACUGGAAGCGGCGCAACGCCGUCUUGGCCUUAGAGUGGGGCAUGUCGGACCUAGACAAACACACCCACGACAUGGUGCUGUUUCGAAAUCGCCCGAAUUCCCGCGUCGAUGCCGUGCUGCGCGUGGGCGGGUCGUGGCUCGUGCUCGUGGUGUUGAUGGAGGCGAUCGUGCUGGCCGUGGGCGCCGUCGCGCGGCUGUAUGUGUCGCCGACGUGGGGCUACGCGCAAGGCAACAUGACGCUCUUGGCGGGGUUGAUCGUAGCGCAGAUUGUGGCACUGUCGACGGUCUUUCAAUGGUUGUGCGUUAAACUCAACGAGUACGAGAACCACCCGACGGCGUCUGCGUACGAGCGGUCGUUUGUGCUCAAACUGGUGCUCUUUGAAGGCGUAAAUCACUUUGCAGCAUUGGUGUACUUUGCCUUUUACGUACCGAUGAACCCCCCCGACUUCGCAUGGCUCGUGUACAAAGUGUAUGGCGCGUAUAUUGUCGUGUACCACUGUCAGCGCGUACUAUCCCGACGUCGGAACAACCAGCACCACCCUCGGAAUGAAAGCGGCGACGAUACUGACGACGACAUGGAAGGACAGUUUGCCCUGGCCGAGUAUGGUUGGAAGGACAGUAUGUUGGACCACUUGAGGCUCGUCGUGCACUUUGCCUUUGUGACCGUGUUUGCCGUGUUGUGCCCGCUCAACCCGUUUCUAUCGCUCGUGCAUUACUCGCUCGAGCUGCGAUUCAACGGCGCCAAGCUGCUCACGUCGUGCCGCCGUCCUCGUCCGCGCGGCGCUGAAAACUUGGGCAUCUGGUACGUUGUCCUGCACUGGGUGCUCAACGUCGCCGUGGUCACCAACGCGUGGCUGCUCGUGUCCUUGUACCCGACCCAACCCCCCACGACCCCGGCGCCGCCUGGACCCGCCUCGCUGGCCGCCAUCUCGUCCCAGCACGUGGUGCUGUCGUUGAUCCUGUGCCUCGUCGUGUGUCGCAUGCUCGUGAUCGUGGGGUACCAAGACACGCCGUCGCGCAUUCGGCUGCAACUGGAACGCCAGGCGUACUACGUAGCUAAACUGUACCACAAGGCGUUUGGAUGGCCCGGGCACAUGGCCGCCAACACGUCAACCCUGGCGUUCGAGUAUUGCCUCGCAUUUCCCAACCCCGAAGCCCUCCCCAAGAAGUCCCAUUCUCGUCCGACAUCCCCCAAGCCGGCGCUGUCAACGGUGCUGGACGCUCUCAAGAAGGCCAACCUCGCGUUCAAUGUGUACCCGUCGGCGGCCAAAUCGUCCACGUACUUGUCGUCGUUCAUUUUCUGCGAAGUGCGGGCCACGGAGAGCCAGCUGCAGCAGGAAGCGGUGCGGAUGCAGCUGCCCAUGCUUCUGGACGAGAUCAUGCUCAAGGAGUUGGCUCACGAAGGGGUGUUCCAUGCGCUGCACAAGGGCAUGGUGGACGUUGUGGACCGCACGCGGAUCGAAGCUACGAGGGUCAACUUGUUGCUACUGCUGGAGAAUAUGCUCACGCAGCGGGUGUUUCACAGCAACGACUACACGAACGUCGAGAUGGCGGACAAGCUCGAGAAGUUGCUGGCCGCGUUGCACAACCGCGAGCCGCGCACGCACGUGUCGUUGGCCCACGUGCUCGCGAAUUUCAAAGAGUUGAUUGAAGUGGACAUUGAAGGCGAACAAUUCCGACAGCUAGAUGUGCCGCAAACGCUACUGAACCGCAUCGAAACGUACUUGAGCACGGGCGACGCACAGCCGACUACACCCACGUCGGAUGUACACCCAAACAACGCGUUGAGCUACGCCAACAAGAACUUUGACAAGUUGCUCAGUCAAAUGGUGGCCUCGCUCCACGAACGCCCGCUCAAUACAUUGUACAUGGCGCAAAAGACUUGGAAGUACGGGCUGGAAAAGGUGCUGUGGUGCAUCGAAGAGCUACUGAAACACUCGGACGUGUCGGUGUUCGAACUGUCGUCGUCGUCGCCGUUGAAAUGGCUCUCGAUGCAGCAAUACCUCGACAGCUUCGACUCGGAAGUCGUGUACCCGCACCUGAACAGUCUUCUCGUCGAGUGCAUGUCCCUCCUCGAAACCCCCGGCGCGAGUCCGUACAAGGCGUACCAGGAAUUCCGCGCCAAGCAUCCCCACUCCAAAGUGCUGGAGCUCGUCACGUCGCUCGAAGCGUCGAUCAUUGCCAACCCAGACGUGGACAUUGCUCCGUUUUACCUCGGGAAUCCGGACCCCAAGUACAACUUGCUCGCCAAGCGGUUCAAGUAUCGACCGUAUCAGUACCUGCAUAUGCCAUACCGUCGCCAGCUGGGCAAGUGGCAGGAAGUUUAUGCGACACCGUCGUCGUCGUCGUGCUUUAGUCCGGUGCAGCGCGUUCAGAUUCUGGACAGUCUGCUGCAGCGUCACAUCCACACGGACGCGUUGCUGGCCCAACGCGUGCUUGAAUCCGCGUUCCCGCUUCAUGACAAGACAGAACACGACUUGCUCAAGAACGCGUGGGUGCCGUGGACGUUGUCGCAGCCCCUCGACCGCAUCCACCGCUACUUUGGCUCGAACGUGGCCAUGUACUUUGCCCAUUUGGGACAUGCGACCAAGUGGCUGACGUUCGCCAUGCUCGCGGGGGUGCUUUUCUUCGUGUGGCAGCAGUCUAAGUACUCGGUGGGCAAUGCUGCCCAGGUGUGGGUCGUGCCCGGGUUUGGUGUGCUCAUGGUGCUGUGGGCUACGCUCUGGCUCAAGCAUUGGACACGCGUCACGUCCAUAUUGAAACUGCAGUGGGGACUGUACUCGACGGCAUCGUCGCCGCAGCCUCAACAGGUUCGAGCCGUGUACACUGGCGACUUUAUCCGCAACCCCAUCACUGGCCAAAAGGUCAAGUACUUUCAAAGGAACGCCCGGGUCGUGCGAUGGGUGGUCGGGUGGGGGGUGCUGCUCCUUGUGGCCGCGGUGGCCUUGAGUGUCCAAGCCCUCAUCUUGUACGUGCAGGCCACCACAUCCCGCGGGACUAGCGUCGGCAUCGCGUUCGCUCUAGGGCUGUGCAUUGUCGGCAUGAAGCACAUGUUCAAUGCAGCGAUCGUCCUGCUGAUCGAGUACGAGAACCACCGCACCGAAGUCACCUACCAAGGGGCGUACGUGCUCAAGGCGGGGGUGUUCCACGCCUUCAACAGCUACGCGUCACUCGUGUACAUGCUUUCACAGACCCAGUUACGCCACAUCAACUCGUUGUACGUGAUCUACGGCAUGGAAGUGGCCGUCACCCACGUCAUUCGCGUCGUCCGCCUGGUCACGCAACCAGCUGCGAUGGCCACGGGCGAGCAGCAGUUCUACCAGGGCGACGCCAACUGGCAAGCGAGUAUGGAAAACCACAUCGACCUGGUCAUUCGGUUUGGGUACAUGCUGGGCGGGGUCGUGGUGUGUCCACUGGCCCCGGCGGUGUCUUUUCUGGACCACAUCAUGUCCCUGCGACUGCAAGCCACGCAACUCAUGAGCAUCACCCGCCGCCCUCGCCCCGCCGUCAUCAUAUCCACCUGGUACUCGACCAUGAUGAGCAUCGUGUUGGUGGGGGCGAUCGUGUCCAACAGCUACUUGGUGGUGUUUGUGGUCGAGACAUUUGGUCCUGCCUCCAUCGUGUCCACGUUCGACGGAUUCUGCGGCGUGCUCCUGGCGAUGGUGGCCGCGCGCUCCGUGCUUAAUUCGGUGUUCAACGACGUCCCGACCCGCGUGAACUCGCAGUUGGAGAGACAAGCGUUUUUGGUCGAAUCGAUCCUCAACGAGCAGCCCCCGGUCCCUUUGGCCACCAUGGCGACUCACUCUGCACCAAUGCGACCGACCAGCGUCAGUUUGCAAAGCGAUUACAGCAUGUUGAGCCAAGACGACGAUUUCGACGACGAAGUUGAAGCUGAAGGCUUUGUGUGAACACAAAUAUGACGUGUACUACUACUGUAUUUCCCGCUUCGUUAUUCGAUACAGUACUCCUCUAUGUCCAAAUGCGUCAACCGAUAGACGGUUGAGUACAGGAUGCUGAC